AUGUUGCAGAUCGUUUCUGAAGCUUUAGAUGUUCAUAUUAAUACAGUCCAUUUAUUGGAGAGUGCCACGAAUCUAGUAAUUAAUUCAACGACUACAGCUGGAAGUACUGGUAGUGAUCUUAAUGGAUAUGCUGUUCACAAUGCUUGUAAAACUUUAGCCGAAAGAUUAAAACCAUAUCAUGAGAAAAUGCCUGAUAAAAGUUUCGAAGAGAUUGUUAAAGCAGCAUAUCAUGAUCGAGUAAAUUUAUCUGCAAAUGGAUUUUACAAAGCUCCCAAUGUUGACGUUGGACAAAUCGAAGGAGGUUUUAUACAAGGCGUUGGUUGGUGUACUAAUGAACAAACAUUACACUUUCCAAAUGGGAAUUUAGAUAUACCCCAAGAUUUCAGGAUAUAUACGUAUGAAGGUGCAAAAACCAAUGUAAAAUCAAUCCAUAGUAGUAAAGGAAUUGGUGAACCACCAUUGCUUUUAGGAAACACUGUAUUUUUUGCUAUUAGGGAUGCUAUUACAGCUGCGAGAUUACCUGCAACACCUGAAAGAAUUCGAAUUGCUUGUGAUGAUAAAAUUGUGAGAAAGUGUAAGGUUGAGAAAAAGGAUGGCGAAGUUCCAUGGAAAAACGUAGUCGUGAAUUCAAGAACAUUUGCGCGUGAAGAAAUGAAAAAUGAUCAUGGUUCAGAGGAACAUCGUAGCUCUGAUGCUAAAGUAGCGCAAAGACCACUUGAUUUACGUUAA